UCAAUACGUUGCAGUAAUGAGCGAGCAGUGUGAGAAUAAUUACUUUUAAUGUGCUCUAGGAGAGUUUAUUCCGUGAGCACUGCUGGGGAUUUUUGGAAAGCUGUUUUGGCCAUGGAGGUGAAAUUCUUAUCCAAGUUGGCUUUGCUGGUAAUCAUUUGUGCGGUUGAGGUCUGGGCCCAGGGGAGUUCAGGAGCAGGAAUUCUCUCAACGUGCCAAAGGUCCUUUGUAGUAAUUAAUUUGCCAGCCGGAAAUGUGCUCAACCGCAAAGUGCAAUUUUCAGCUAUUGACGAAUUUGGGAGAGCAUUUCUCAUAGACAACCAGUUGGCCUCUCAGUGUGGGUAUUCAAUCUCUUAUGAUGCCUGGGGCAACAUUGAAUUUAGAGCUUCACUUCUCAGCUGUUACACCCAGAUUAGGAAUGACAGCUACUUCACGGUCUCCGUAAAAGUAGAUAUCUCCACUGGCCUAAGCACUGUGGGUGAGAGUAACAAAAGAUCAGUUGACUGUCCCUACAAGUGGUGUCCUCGUGAAGUUGUCUGUGAAAGAAGCUACAUGGAGGUGUCAGUCCGACGGACCAUCCCACAUAUUCCAGAAGGUGCUCUACAAGACGAGCCAGAGGACUGGUCUGAAGCCUUUCCAGAAGCCGUAUCGGGACUCAUGUCAAUCUGGCAAGUAGUAUUCCAUCUUACCUCAACUCGGAAAGCUAUGUUGGUCAAAGAUGCCCAAAAACUUGGCUAUGGCAUAAAUACAACAGAGGCCAGAAUAAUUCUAAGAGCCCCAUACAAUGCUACGGAAGCCCGACUCCAAAGAGUCAGUGGAGUGGGAUUCUCUGCCGUAAGAGCUACUGUAUUAUACAAACAGCGCUGGUUUCUUCUCAUGGCUGACACUGCUGUAUCCUGCCCAGUUGAUGAUGUGACUUUUGUAGAUGGAAAGAUAAUAUGGACCGUUCCAAAAACCAUUCCAGACUUGCUUAUCGGUGCUAGUAUGAUAAAAAUCACCCAUACUGAAAUUGGAGUUGACCUCACUACUCUGACAAAGGCUGAGUUGCUCAAUAGAAGUUAUUUGGUGGUUGACAACAGUGUGACAACUUCCAUCACUAUACCCUAUGGAUCAUUUGGUGGCUAUUAUAAGAGUCGUACAUCUUAUGGAGAAUAUGGUAUAUUCUAUCAUAUCAGAAUGCUGCUACAAUAUCUAUGGGAAGACAACCGGAGGGGUGUGACCAAAUAUACAGUUAUUAAAGAUAUAAAAACUCCCUUUGAUCCUCGGCCACCAACUACAACAAACGAGACAAUAAUUUCUUCCAGGGAAUUUAAUGUAACUAUUGGAACAUUUUUACCGGAUGUAGAGCUCGUGAACCUAACAAUUGGUCUUGUAACCAUACCUGUAUCGGAAUGUAAUAAAUUAGGAUGUAUGAUUUCGUCAUGGAGGCAUCCAAAUGGAAAUAUCACUUAUCUAUUAAAAGUUCCCUUUGACAAUUCCAAUGUGGAAAAGCAGUAUAUCCCAGAAUAUACCAAUGUUUACACUUUGAACGUCACUUUUGGGUUCCUUAUCAUUCCAAGUAUGGAGACGUUCACCAAAAACACUUCAGUUACCAUUACAAUUGAAGAUGCUGUGCCUCCAACUGCUAAAGAGGCCUGUGGAUCAUCCUUGACCUUGAAUGUCACUCGUGGGAAUGUGGACACAAAUUGGGUUCCAUACAUCAAGAAUGUGCGUGUGAGCCUGGGUUCUGCGCAAACCUAUGGAUUUCAGUAUUCAUCAAGUAACACAAACUUUAUAGUUUCAGUUCCACCCUCGUCCAGUCUUGUUGCCUAUGAUUCUGCCGGUUCCCUGGGCUUGAUGAUUACUCUACCAUUGACCCUGAGGGAUGACUCUUCUGGACUUUCAAAAUAUCAAUUCAGUGUUACCUGUACCUAUCCUGCAAACGAAUUGAUCCAGUGUUUUCCGAAUGGAACCAUAAGUGUGGUUGUAAUGAAGCUAGCUGCUCUACCAGAUCUGGACCUGUCUCUCCUCCAAUUAAGGGCCAGAUCCUGCCGACCUGCUUUGUACUCUGACACAAACGCCAUAUUCAUUUUUCAAGUAAACACUUGUGAAACUAGCAGACAGUUUUCAGGUAACAAAAUGACUUAUGAAAAUGAUGUAUUGUACUUCAGAUCUGGAUCUACAGUUCCUGCUUACCAGCUAAAAGUUUCUUGCAACUACACUAUAAAUAAUACCAUGUAUUUCCGGUAUUCUUUUAACUACAACCCUGCACCCAGCGUUCAAACUACAAAUGAUCCUCUUGUAUUUAUUUUAAGGUUAAGUAAAGAUAAAAAGUACACCACCUUCUAUGACACAUCAGAAUAUCCAGUUGUUAAAUAUCUGAAGGAUCCACUGUAUUUUGAAGUUGAGCUGAUGCGCAGCAAAGACGUGCGGCUUGAGCUCUUCUUGGAGAACUGUUGGGCUACGGCUUCCCCUGAGACAGUCAGUGUGCCGAGGUGGGAUGUUGUGGUGAACAGCUGCGAAUUUUCAGAGACCUAUAAUACUAUAUUCCAUGCAGUGACCUCAGACAACAGGGUGAAGUUCCCAAAACUCCUGAAAAGAUUUGAAGUAAACAUGUUCACGUUUAUGAAUGCAGACCAAGCUUAUACAGGAACGAUCUAUUUCCACUGCAGUGUCGUAAUUUGUAAUUCUGAAACCCUCUCUUCUGAUCCCAUCUGCACUGGAUCUUGCAUACCCAACAGGCAGCGGUUAGGGCGAAGUGUGGAUUCUCCGAGUCAAUCUGACAACUUUGUGAGUUCUGAAGCUCUCUGGCUGACGCCUGAAUCUGGACUGGAUACUGCACAGUUUAAGAGCAAUCUUGCCAUUCAGUGACUCAUGGAUUGAACUUAAAAUUUUUGAUAAUAAAAGGUGACU